AUGUCCCAAAAGCUCCCGCUCGCCUGCCUGGCCCUGGGGGUCCAGCAGCAGCUGGUGGCGGUGGCCCGUGUUGGCAAAAUCCAGUGUGUGCGGGUGGCCCGCAUCUACGUCUGUGCCAAGUGCGGCCAUGAGCUCUUCUCCAGCCGUGCAAAGUACGAGCACUCGUCCCCGUGGCCAGCCUUCACCGAGACCGUCCAUGAGGACAGCGUGUCCAAGCGCAAGGAGCGGCCGGGAGCUUUAAAGGUUUCUUGUGGCAAGUGUGGCAACGGGCUCGGCCAUGAGUUCCUCAACGACGGGCCGAAGAGGGGGCAGUCCCGCUUCUGAAUAUUCAGCAGCUCGCUGAAGUUCAUCCCGAAAGUGAGGAUGGAUGGCUGCCUCAAAAGGCAGGUUUUUCCUAUUGUUUUAUGCACCAGUGAUUAA